GUCCGACCCUCGCUUCUCCGAGGCUCUGACUCGUGCGAGUCCUGCUAGGCCUCAAGUUAUCCUCGAAUCCCGUGCGUGGACUUUCGUGGCUGGAAGAGGAGGUCGCCCGACGUGCGAGAUGCAAGCUGGGAAGCCAGUCCUCUACUCCUAUUUCCGAAGCUCCUGUUCAUGGAGAGUUCGAAUUGCUCUGGCCUUGAAAGGCAUUGACUAUGAGACAGUGCCCAUCAACCUUAUAAAGGAUGGGGGACAACAGUUCUCUGAGGAAUUUCAGACACUGAACCCCAUGAAGCAAGUGCCAGCCCUGAAGAUUGAUGGACUCACCAUUGGCCAGUCACUGGCCAUCAUUGAGUACCUGGAGGAGACUCGGCCCACCCCACGGCUCCUGCCUCAGGACCCAAAGAAGAGAGCCAGCGUGCGCAUGAUUUCUGACCUCAUUACCAGUGGUAUCCAGCCCCUGCAGAACCUGUCUGUCCUGAAACAAGUGGGACAGGAGAACCAGCUGCCCUGGGCUCAGAAGGCUAUCUCUUCUGGCUUUAAUGCUCUGGAGCAGAUCCUGCAGAGCACAGCUGGGAAGUACUGUGUCGGCGAUGAGGUGUCCAUGGCUGAUCUGUGCUUAGCGCCCCAGGUGGCAAAUGCUGAAAGGUUCAAAGUGGAUCUCACCCCCUACCCUACCAUCAACAACAUCAAUAAGAGGCUGCUGGCCUUAGAGGCUUUCCAAGUGUCUCACCCCUGCCGACAGCCAGAUACACCUGCUGAGAUGAGGAAUUAGCUCCUAAACCCUGCCCCAUUGGUACAGGAUAGGAAAAGGGGUGCAGGAGAUGUGUGGGCUGACCAGGCCUGGAAAAGAGUGAGUUAUAGCAGAAGACUUGAACUCUAGCCCUUAAACUUUACCUGUGAAUCUACCUUCCCUUGAACUCUCUGAACAUCUGCCUUAAUCCUUUCAUCUGUCAUAUAUCAGGAGCAGGGGAUGGGGGCCAGAAACAUUACCUGCUGUGAUGGUUAGUCAUUACUGUCAGCUUUUCAAACACUAGAAUCACCUGAGAGAAGGACCUUUGGGCAUGUCUAUGAGUGGUUAUGCUGAGGUGGGAAGACCCGCCCACUGUGGGUGGCAUCAUUCUCUAGGCAGAGGAUCCUAAACUAUAUAAGAGUGGAGAAAGCAAGCUGAGCACACUAGCGUUUGUGCAGCCACUGCUCUCUCCUGCCUGUGGAUACAGUAUGAACAGCUGUUCAAGCUCCUGCUGUCUUGACUUCCCCUCCAUGAUGGACUGUAACCUGGAACUGUGAGCAAAAAUAAACCUUUUCUCCCUUAA